GAAGUUUUCUUCUUCGAAGGUACACGUCGUUUCCUAGAAGAGGAGGGCUUGAGUGCAUAAACAUGAGUUCAGCAAAUAUAAAGAAGUUCAAAAGCUGGUCUGGGGCGCCUGCUGACAACAAUCGAGUAUAGACGGGGAGCAAAGGGACAGGCAGUGUUUGCAAGUUCUUACGGCGGCGUGGAAACCUGUUCUACCCACAACACGACCGGCGGAUAUCGACUGACUGACACACCAGCCAUGGGUUCUAAGAAAGUGGCCAUCAUAGGAGCCGGGGUGAGCGGACUCACGUCAAUCAAGGCUUGUCUGGAGGAGGGGCUUCAGCCUGUGUGUUUCGAGCAACAUGAUGAUCUCGGCGGCGUAUGGUACUACUCUGACGACGUCAGGCCCAACCAAGGCGCCGCCAUGUACCGCUCUCUCAUCACCAACUCCAGCAAAGAAAUGAUGUCAUUCAGCGACUUCCCCUUCCCUAAGGACACGCCCCCCUACCUGCCGUACCACCGUGUGUACACAUAUCUACAGGACUACGCUCAGCACUUCGACCUGAAGAAACACAUCCGAUUCGGCACACAGGUCCGGCGCAUAGAGAAGACAGAAGACUAUAAUGAGACAGGCCGGUGGGAGGUCCGUACCGUACAGACGGGGAACAGCGAUGUGGAACAGAAAGAAAUCUUUGACGCCAUCAUGGUGUGUAACGGCGUGUUCGCCCGGCCGUACGUUCCAGACGUGCCAGGUCUGUCGGACUUCUCAGGCGUCACCAUGCACAGUCAGGAGUACCGGACUGCCCAACAGUUCACAGGGAAGAAGGUGGUUGUUGUAGGGGCGGGAAACUCUGCAGGCGACGUGGCGGCGGAGAUCGCUCAGGUGGCGUCACAGGUGUACCUGAGUCUGAGGGACGGUGCCUGGGUGCUCCCCCGGCUGGCUCAGGCCGGGAUGCCGCGGGACAUGAUGCUGCGCCGGGUACUCAUGAGCAUGCCCGAGUUCAUCGUCAACAAAAUCAUUAAGGGCGAGGCGAACGCCAGAGUGUGCCAUGACAACUACGGGCUGACGUGUCCGGCCGAACCGCUCAAACAUUCCGUCAUGGCUAAUGAUGAAAUAGGGUACAGACUGGUCACUGGGCAGGUCAUCACGAAGCCCCAGCUCUCCCGGUUCACCCAGCACACCGCUCGGUUCGAGGACGGCAGUACAGUGGACGGACUGGACGCUGUGGUGUUCGCCACUGGCUUCAGUCUGGCGUUUAACUUCAGUGACAAGUCCAUUCUUCCUGAUAACACGGAGGACCUGAACCUGUACAAGUUGGUGUUCCCUACGGAGCUGACAAAACCCACCCUGUCCGUGAUCGGCUGCCUGUCUACCAUAGGGGCCCAUCCUCCUAUCUACGAACUGCAGGCUCGCUGGGCCGUCAGGGUGUUCUUGGGCCUGAGUAAGCUUCCCGACAAGGAGACCAUGCUGAAGCGGGUCCGCUCCGACAAGCUGGAGCUGAAGCAGCGGUUCGGCUACGUCAAGCUUCAGAUGAUGAACGUGCCGUACCGGGAUGACAUUGCCGAAGAGAUCGGAGUGAAACCGUCGUUUUGGAAGCUCCUUCCUCGGGACCCAAAACUAGCUUUCCUCAGCUACUUCGGCCCCGCUUUCUCUGUCCAGUACCGCCUGCUGGGGCCACACCCCUGGUCAGGUGCAGCUGACCACGCCAAGUCAGCCCUGGCCAACACCCUGUACCCCUUCAGGUCACCUGCUCUGGACAAGGAACAGUCCUUCCUUUCAUUGGCCAAAAUCAUGAAGUUUCUCUUGCUGUUCGGGAUUGCAAUGGUGGCCUUUAAUCGUUUUAUGUGACACAUAUGUGUCUAAAACCAAAGAUCUCGAAUCCCUUCCUCCCUUCCUGAUAUGGUAAUUUUGAUGUUGUUCUCCGCACAGUGUCAGUGCUAUCUUGACGUCCCACCGGUAUGAGUCUCCCAACAAUCAAUGUUGCAACAUUAUUUGGAGUCUCUGUAACAGAGUUUUGGAGUGUUGUAUGUUGUUGCUUUGCUUAAGGUUAUCACUUUAAUUUGCGAUUUGAAAAGGUAACAUUAUACCAUGUUGGUGCUUUAUAUACCUUCCCUACUCGUUUACAAUGCUCUUUUGAUGUGUUUACCAAUGUAUUUAUGUAUACAGUUGUACCAAAAAAGUAAUACAGUUACAAAUGGAGCUGAUGAUAAAUUCACUAGACGACUAUAAGGUGAGUUCAAAUGUAGAAAAUUUGAUAAAAUGUCAUGGAUAUCUCAAGAAUAAAGAGUGAAUGCUGUCUGUAGCUAAAGUCUCAGGCGAUGGUGACUGGCGCUGCCUACAUAGACAUGGUAGUUAAACUCCAUCAAACUACAAUGUACAUCACAAACUACAUUACAAACUGUCAGUCACCGACAAUGUCGUUUUGUAAUUCAGUGGUUAGCGUAUCACUCGUGACGUCAAUGAGUAACUUUAUUGUAUUUACGGUGAAUAAAUUAAAGAACGGAUAUUGAUGUGUCUAUUCAA